CCUGGCGCCCGCGGACAGUUGGGCUUCCCGCCCGGAGGCCCUCGGGCUGCCCGCACGGCCCGGGAGACCCCGCCAGCGGCCUGUCCGCGGUUCGCCUCGGCGGCCGGGGAGGGAGGGAGGGCGGCGCGGACGGCCGUCCCGGUCCUCGCGGGCGGCAGCUGGCCCGGCGUCGGGCUCCCCAGUUUCUGGUACCGAAGCGCAGACGGGUUUCCUUGUCGGAGCCACGCACCGUUAAUGAUUGGCCACAAAGAAACCUGUAAGUAAUGGAAGGAAACACUCUGCUGGUAAAGAAUGUUAUGGUCCUGAACCUGGUGUGUCUGGUUUCCUGCCGUGGCGUACUGCAGAACGUGCAAAAAGCAACAGGGGCUUUCCAUUCAUCAGACUCGUGAUGUAUGUAGUCAGGUGCAGGUCCAUCAGAAUUUCCUGUGACUGUGACAGUAGAGAGUCCUUCCUCCUCAGAAAUCGAAGAGGUCGAAGAUUCCUCAGAAAGUGUUCAGGAAGAGCCAGAGAAAAUCAGUUUGAAACAAGAAGCAUUGCAGGCCUUCAUGCCCACUCAUUGACAAGCAUGAUCCUGGAUGAUGAAGGUGUUUUGGGCAGCACUGAGAAUUCUUUUCAGAAGUUCCAUGCUUUCUUGGAUCUCCUUAAAGAUGCUGGGCUUGGGCAGCUGGCCACAAUGGCUGCUAUAGAUCAGUCAGAUUUUCAUUUACUAGGUCGUCCCCAGAUGAAUUCUACUGUUAGCAGUCCACCUAAAGAAGAAAAGAAGGCACUUGAAGAAGAAAAAUCAGAAUCAAAACAGAGUGCCCCAGUACAAACGCAAAAUCUCCAAUUUCAGAAAAUUACAGGUGAUGCUGGGAUUCCUUUGCCUCUCGACUCCUUCCAUGUCCCAGUCUCUACUCAGGAGGCCUUAGAAACUUCCAAAGACAACCUGGGGGUCCCAGUCACAGAGCAGCGGCAGGAGCCUUUUGAAGAUUUCAUUGCUAGAACAUGUUCUCCUUCAGCAGACGUCAUUUCUGGAACUGGAAGUCAAAGAAAAGAAGAGGAAUUAUCUAGAAAUAGCAGGUCUUCUUCAGAGAAAAUGAGCAAAGCAGGUGAAUAUACCAAAAAAUACUCUGCUAAGAAACAACCUGGGAAGGACCUGCAUUCCUGCUCUGACUCACCUGUAAAGCAGAAAAGCAAAGGAAUUGGGCAAAAUAAUUCUUUGCUUAAUGAACCAAUUAGAAGUGAGUCUUCGAAAAAACACAUUUUUGUUAAGAAAGAGAGUAGAAUAGUGACUGUUUCAUCAAAGACAACUAAAAGUAAACUCAAUCUACUAGAACAUUCUGAAAGUGAUACUCUUGGAUCUGAUUGUGAAUUUCAAGAAGGCAUCCAUACUCCAUCACACCUAACAUAG